CGCAUUGGUGGACAAAAUGUUGGCUGCGUCAUCAACCACGUGGUGACGUUUCCAUCCGGGGCAUGUGACACGCACUCGCUCUCCAUCAUGGCGGCGUCAGCUAAGAAGAAGGGCAAGAAGGGGAAGACCCUCACCCUAACUGAUUUCUUAGCAGAGGACAGUGGGGGCAGUGCUGUACCAAAUUACACACCCACAAAACCUACCAGCUGGGCAGAUGAGACUGAUGACCUGGAGGGAGACGUUACUACCUCCUGGCACACGGAGGAAGAUGUGUAUCGUGCACCACCCAUUGAUCGCUCCAUCCUGCCAACGGCACCCCGCGCUGCCCGCGAACCAAACAUCGACCGCUCGCGCCUGCCUCGUUGCCCACCCUACACCGCCUUCCUGGGCAACCUGCCCUAUGACGUGACCGAAGACUCUAUCAAGAGCUUUUUUCACGGACUCAAUAUCAGUGCAGUGCGACUCCCACGAGAGCCCAGUAACCCGGAGCGACUGAAGGGCUUUGGCUAUGCAGAGUUUGACGAUGUGGAUUCACUGCUACGUGCACUCAGCCUCAACGAGGAGAACUUGGGGAAUCGCCGGAUCCGUGUGGACAUUGCAGACCAGUCCAAUGAGAAAGAGAGGGACGAUCGUUCAAUGUCAGGUCGUGACCGUAAUCGUAGCACUGACAUGGGACCAGACAAGACGGACUCAGACUGGAGAGCAAGGCCAAGUGGUGACGUGGACGAAGGGCCACGCCGAGACGAUGCCUACGGAGAACGAUCCCGAGAUCGCUACGAUUCAGACAGGUACCGCGAUGGUCCGCGCCGGGACAACGAUCGCUAUGACAGUGGCAGAGACAGAUACCGGGAUCGCUAUAAUGACCGGGACCGCAGAGACUAUGAUAGAGGUUAUGACUCUCGCAGUGGAGGUCGUCGUCCAUUCGGCAGUGGCUUCCGGCGUGACUAUGACGACCGCCGGGACGACCGCCGGGAUGACUACCGUGGCAGCGGAGAUCACUAUGGUGACCGCGAAGACAGAUAUGAUAGACGGGAUGAGAGACGGGAUGAGAGACGUGAGGACAGAGGCCCUCCUCAGAGGCCCAAGUUGAACCUGAAGCCACGCAGCGUUCCAAAGGAGGAGGACCAGAGUGGCGCCCCCUCCACCGCCUCUAGCCGAUCCGCUUCUAUCUUCGGAGGAGCCAAACCAGUGGAUACGGCUUCUAAGGAGCGGGAGGUGGAGGAGCGACUGAAGAAAGAGCAGGAGAGGCUGCAGAGACAGCUGGAGGAGGACAAGGGGAGAGGACCCGAACGCAAGCCCAGAGAGAGACAUCCCAGUUGGCGAAGUGAGGACCAAGCAACAGAGCGCUCACGAACAGGAAGCGAGUCAUCACAGCCAGGAAGCACCACUAGCAGAGGCUCAAGGCGCAGAGAAAGCGAGCGCUCUUUGGAGAACGAGGUUUUUGGUGGGCGUGACGAUGAGCCACCCUCUCCAGGAAGCCAAGCCUCAUUGUCCAAGCAGGAUGGGCUUCCUCUGAAGGUGGUCCCAGCCCCGCCCCCUAAAGAGAAUGCCUGGGCAAAGAGAAGUGCCAUGAGCAGUGGCUCUACAGAGAAUGAGGUGAAACCUGGUCCUCUCAAAAGUUCUACAAGCUCAGCUGAUGAGAGAGUUCCCCAGAAAGUCAAAGAUGAGAACAGGGGAGAUGGUCCACGGCGGGGCCGGGGGGGGGCUACAACUCUGGCAGCAGGGAGAGACCGGCGCAAGGAAACGGACAGAAAGGACGUCAGAAGAGAGCGAGAUCUCAGACCAGCACCAGGGCCAAAGAAAUAUGAGGAAUCUCCCAGUCCUAAAUUCAGCUCAGCCAGUAAAUACGCAGCCUUACUAAUGGAUGGCGAGCAGGGAGACGACGCUGAGGAAAAUGGAGAAUGAGAGAUUUGCUGCAGGAAAAUCGGACACAAAUGAAAUAUGAAUUAAUCCUCCAGCUUUGUCCAUGCAGCAGUGAAGGACCCAGCCCUGCUCCCUUGAAGCAAAAUCUGGAGAAAUCAGUAAAAUCUCUUAUAACCACCUUCUUCAGGACUGAGCAGAUCCUAGUGAGAAAAAUACCAGACUCAUUUUAAAAUAAGAGGGUAUAUGGGAAGUUGGCUAAGAUAUAAUUAUAACUAAUUAAAAAAAAAGGUGAGGUUUAAAAAGAGAGAAUGGGAUCCCAUUGUUGCAGUAUACAUCACACAUGUUUCUAGCACUAGUUUAUAAGAGUGUGGCAUGACACAAGGUAGGUUCAUACCAAAGGCGAGUGUCUUGUUGCUUUUCAGGGUUUACGCUUUUUUUUUCCCCUCUUACUGAUAAGACAGCUAAAAGCUGUGCUUCUUAGAGACAUUGGGAUCUGCAUGAUCUGUUCAGCAGCUUUUUAUCUUGAAAAAUCAUGUCUUAAAGCAUGUUAUAUGGGACCUAUAUUGAAGAUGACCUACUAACUGGGAGGUAGAGAGUGAUCCAUUUCCAUACCACAUAUCAGUUUAGCAACUUCCAUCAUUGCAUCACCUCCCAGCACCCCAAAAAAGUUUGACUAAGGUUAUUUUACCCUGCGGACCCAUUCUCAUGGACAAGUUUAUUGAGCUACCUCUGUGGCCGGCUGUGCCCUCAGAACAAAUAUUUUCUAUGUAAAAGGAUUAAAAGCUUAUUAGUCAUUUACAAAAUUUUACCCCUUAAUCAAGUCCUUUUAAACAUUGGUGACAAGUUGCUUUUUGAAUCAACCAGUGCAGUUUGUGUGCAUUCUGAAUAAAGGGUUUAAUAAAAUGGA